UAACCGCUUCAGUUUGGCGUGUAUGAGAGGGUCCUGCGCCCAGCCGCGUCCCUUGGGGCUGUCUCUGGAUCCCACAACGGUCACCAAACCCCAGGAGGCCCCGACGCGCUGGCUGGUGCCCGAAUCCCCACCCCCGCGGGCGGACUGGCACUUUGAAUCCACGUGAUUUCCCGGCAGCAGCAGCCGGCUCCAGGCGCAGGGCUAGCUGUGUGGCUGGAGGUGCCUACUUUCAGUUUCGUGUAGAGCGCGGCGCGGUGAGGAGCGCAGCUGGUGAGGCUGGGGCCUGCCCCGCGGGAACAAUGUGCAGAUUCAGCUCGAUGCGCAGAAACAGGACUGGCCCGGCCGCCCACGAGACCCUCUCCAUGACACCCUAGAACACCUAUGAUGAACCGGGAAGCCAAGGUCAGCUCCUCAUGGAUCCCAUUAGCUUCCAUCUGGACACCAGGGACCAGUGGGUUUGUCUCGCGAGGCUGCUCAGCAAUGACCCCGAAUGGCUGAGUGCCAAGGUGAAGUUCUUCCUCCCCAACACGGACCUGGGCUCCGGGAAUGAGGCCCUAGACCUCCGAAAGAGGGUCCUCCUGCAACUCAGGGAGCUGCACGCGCAAGGUCCGGCCACCUGGCAGGCGUUCAUCCACUGUGUGUGCAUGGAGCUGGAGGUGCCCCUGGAGCUGGAGGUGCUGCUGCUGAGCACUUGGGGCCACGAAGGAGGCGGGUUUCUCAGUCCCUUGGAAACUGGCGAAGACAGUGAACCUGAGCCUCGGCUCAGCCACGGCCUCAAGCGGCCUCACCAGAGCUGCGGGUCCUCACCCCUCCUGAAGCAUUCCAGGAAGCAGUACCUAGCAGAGUUGGCCAGGAGGUACCUACAGCUGCUGAGGACGUCCGCCCAGCAGCGCUGUGACGGCAAGCUCCCCGGGCCAGGGCAGCCCCUCGCCUUCCACCAGGCCUACAUCCCCACGAUCCUGCAGUGGGGCCGGGCCACCGCACCCUUCAACACUCAGGAGGGGGCCUCCAUGGGGAGCCCCAGGGCAGAAGACGGCAUGGACGUGAGCCUCCAGGACCUGUUCAACACCAGGACUGACAAGGGCCCGAGGGUGACGGUGCUCCUGGGGAAGGCCGGCAUGGGCAAGACCACCCUGACCCGCUGGCUCUGCCAGAGGUGGGCCGACGGCCAGCUGGACCGCUUCCAGGCCCUGUUCCUUUUCGAGUUCCGCCAGCUCAACCUGAUCACGAGCGUCCUGACGCUGCCUCAGCUCCUGUUCGACGUGUACCUAAGCCCCGAGGCGGGCUCCGACGCUGUCUUCCAGUACCUGGAGGAGAACGCCAGCGGGGUGCUGCUCAUCUUUGACGGGCUGGAGGAAGCCCUGCAUCCCUGCUCCGGCAGGGCUGGCCCCAAGGCCCCAGGCCCGGCCCUUGCCCUCUUCUCCGGCCUCUGCCGAGGGACGCUGCUGCCCGGCUGCAGGAUCAUGGCCACCUCCCGUCCAGGGAAGCUGCCGGACUGCCUGCCCACGGAGGCCGCCACGAUCCACAUGUGGGGCUUUGACGGGCCUCGGGUGGAGGAGUACGUGGGCCGCUUCUUCGGCACCGAGCCGCUGCAGGAGGCGGCCCUGGAGGAGCUGCGGGCCAACGGGCGUCUCCGGCGCAUGUGCGCGGUGCCCGCCCUGUGCCGAGUCACCUGCCUCUGCCUCCGCCACCUGCUCCCGGGCCUGUCUCCGGGCCAGUCCGAGGCCCUCCUGCCCACCGUGACUCAGAGCUACGUGCAGAUGGUGCUCGCCCUCAGUCCCCACGGGCCCCGGGCUACCGACUCCCUGAUGGGCCUUGCGGAGGUGGCCCUGGAGGCCCUGGAGAUAGGGAAGGUGAUCUUCUCUGCCACAGACAUUCCUCCAUCCGUGAUGGCCUUCGGGGCUGCCCUGGGCCUGCUGACCUCCUUCAAUGUCUGCACGGGCCCCAGGCAGCAGCAGAUAGGCUAUGCCUUCACCCACCUCAGCCUGCAGGAGUUCUUCGCUGCCCUGCACCUGAUGGUCAGCCCCAGCGUGGAGAAGAGCGUGCUCGCCCGCCACGUCACCCUCAACUCUCGCUGGGUGCUGCGGACCAAGGCGAGACUGGGGCUCUUAGACCACGUCCCCACCUUCCUGGCGGGCCUGGCAUCCCGUGCCUGCCGACCCUUCCUCAACCACCUGACGCAGCGGGGCGAGGCGUGGGUGGCCUCCAGGCAGGCCGAAGUCCUACAGGCACUGAAGAAGCUGGCCACCCGCAGGCUCACGGGGCCGAAGGUUAUAGAGCUGUGUCACUGUGUGGGUGAGACGCAGGAGCCUGAGCUGGCCAGCCUCACCGCCCGCAGCCUCCCCUACGACCUUCCCUUCCACAACUUCCUGCUGACCUACACCGACUUGGCUGCCCUGACCAACAUCCUGGAGCACAGGGAUGCCCCCAUCCACCUGGCCUUUGAGGGCUGUCCCCUGGAGCCCUGCUGCCCUGAGGCCCUGGCAGGCUGUGGGCAGGUGGAGAAUCUCAGCUUUAAGAGCAGGAGGUGUGGGGAUGCCUUCGCCGAAGCCCUCUCCAGGAGCUUGCCAACAAUGAGGAGCCUGAAGAAGCUGGGGUUAGCAGGAAGUAAGAUCACUGCCCGAGGCAUCCAGCACCUGGUUCAGGCUUUGCCCCUCUGUCCGUACCUGGAAGAGGUCAGCUUUCAGGACAACCAGCUCAAGGACCAGGAGGUGCUGCAAAUCGUGGAGGUCCUCCCUGCCCUGCCACGGCUCCAGAAGCUCGACCUGAGCCAGAACAACAUCUCCGUAGAGACCCUACUGUGCUUGACCAAAGCGGCGGUCACGUGCCGGACUAUCAGGACGCUGCACGUCAGGAAGACGGAGCUCAUCAUCCUUCUGUCCCCACCAGCAGAGGCGGCUGCAGAGCCACGUGGAUCCCCAGAGCUGCAGGGAAAUGCCAGCCAGAGCAGAGAGGCUCAGAGGAGAAGCCUGACCCUCAGGCUGCAGGAGUGUCAGCUGACCGUUUUUGAUGUGGAGAUGCUCAUAGCCCAGCUCCAGGAAGGCCCCCGCCUGGACGAAGUAGACCUCUCAGGGAACCAGCUGGGGAACAAAGGCUGUCAACUCGUGGUGCAGGCCGCCUCCCAGCGGCGCGUCGCCCGGAGGCUGGACCUCAGCAACAACGGGCUCUCGGUGGAUGGGAUACACGGCGUGCUGAGUGCCCUGAGCACGUGCCGGACCCUGGCAGACCUGCACAUCAGCCUCAAGCACAAAACCGUGGUCCUCACGUUUGCCCCAGCGCUGGAGCAGCAGAAGGUGACCCAGAAGAGGUGUCUCCCUGCCAUGUUUCCUGACACCCUCACGUUCCCGAUGCCCUCUGAGCUGACCCCGUGCUCCCCAAGGGUCAGGCUGGUGCACUGCGGUUUGCAAGCUGAGCACCUAGAGCAGCUCCUCGCCGAGCUGAAAGAAAGCUGCUGCUGGGGCCACCUCGACUUAUCAGGUAAUGCUCUGGGGGACCAAGGUGUGGACCAGCUGUUGUGGUGUCUCCCAACACUGGGCUCGCUGCAGUCCUUGAAUCUCAGCGAGAACGGCUUGUCUCUGGACACCGUGUUCAGCUUGGCCUGGUGCUUCUCUUCUGUGCAGUGGGUGCACCACCUGGACAUCAGCUUCGACAGCCAACAGGUCAUCUUGAGAGGUGACGGAAGAACCAGGUUUCCCCGCACUCCAAGGGACCUGUCGGCUAGUGGGCUUUCGCUAGUGUUCCCAGCCAGAGCCCAGCCCUCGGGGUUCGGUCGGCCCUGCACCCCCAGGAGCUUCUGCCUCAGAGAGUGUCAGCUGGAACCCCCGAGCCUCACCAGGCUCUGUCAGACUCUGGAGGAGUGCCCAGGACCCCUGGAAGUCAAAUUGUCCGGCGUGGCCCUGAGCGACGAGAGCCUGGAAACCCUGCUGUGGCACCUGCCGAGGCUCCCCCAGCUGAGCCUCCUGCAGCUGAGCCAGACACCUCUGUCCCCAGGGAGCCCCGUCCUGCUGGCUGACCUCUUCAGCCUGUGCCCACAAGUUCAGAAGGUGGACCUCAGGUCUUUGCAGGAGGUGACCCUGACCUUCAAGUCCAGCAAGGAGCAGAAAGGCGGGUGCUGUGGCAGGUUCACGGGCUGCGGCCUCAGCCAGGACCACGUGGAGACACUGUGCUGGUUUCUGAGGAAGUGUGAGGACCUCAGCCAGCUGGACCUCUCUGCCAACCAGCUGGGUGAUGACGGGCUCAGGUGCCUCCUGAAGUGGCUGCCACAGCUGCGCAUCUCCGGUUCACUCAAUCUGAGUGGCAACAGCAUGUCCCAGGAAAGCGCCCUGUGCCUGUUGGAGACACUCCCUUCCUGCGCACGUGUCCGGGAGGCCACCAUGAACCUGGGCUCGGAGCAGAGCUUCUGGGUCCACUUCUCCCCACAGAAGGAGACUGAGAAGACACUGAGGCUGACCGAGUGCACCUUCAGACCCGAGCACAUGACCAGACUGGCCGCGGGCCUGAGUAAGGCCUGGCAGCUGAUGCAGCUCGAGCUGAUCCGGUGCUGCCUGAGCCAGGACAACCUCGCUCUCCUCCUGAGCCUGGUGAGGCCAGAGGGACUGCUCAGCCUCAGGGUGGAGGAGCCGUGGAUGGCCAGAGCGGGGCUGCUGGCCCUGUGCCGAGUCUGCGCCCAGACCUUAGGCAGCAUCACCGAGAUAAGUAUCUCCGAGACCCAGCAGCAGCUCUGCAUCCAGCUGAGAUUUCCUUGGCAAGAGAGCCCAGAGGCCAUGGCCCUCAGGCUGGCUCACUGUGACCUCGGCCUCGAUACCUGCCACAACCGUCUCGUCAGGCGGCUCAUGCACACGUGCUUCUCGCUGGAGCGGCUCAGCUUGUCCCAGGUAAACCUCUGCACGGCCAACUCCCAGCUGCUGCAAAGCUUGCUGUCCUUGAGGCUGAGGAAAUUCCGGCUGGCCUCCAGCUGUGUGAGCCCGGAGGGUCGGGCCAACCUAGUAAUUGGUCUGAGCCGCUGUCACCAACUGGAGGAGCUGGACUUGUCGAACAGUCAGCUGGGCGAGGAGGUGCUGAAGGGAGCCCUGGAAAACAAGCGCCAUCUGAAGAGGCUCGACCUCAGCCACUUCCCGCUGGAAAAUUCCACCCUGACUGUGCUCACUCAAGCACUGCGCCACAUGACCCAUCUGCAGAGCCUCUGCCUCAGUGGGAAUGGCAUUGAUGACAGCGGCUGCUACCACCUUUCCAUGGCUCUCGGAUAUGCCACCAGCUUGGAAGAACUGAGCUUGAGCCACAACCAGAUCGGAGACAGUGGUGCCCACCACGUAGCCGACAUCCUGCCCAUGCUGCCUGAGCUCCGGAAGAUCGACCUCUCAGCGAAUGGCAUUGGCCCGAGAGGGGGAGAGCGGUUGGCAGAGUCCCUCGCCUAUUGCGAGCACCUGGAGGAGCUGAUGCUCAGCCGCAACCCCCUGGAGGACCUCACAGUCCGGAGGCUGGCCCGGAGGCUGCCCCGGCAUCUGAGAGUCCUACACCUGCGGUCCAGCCGUCUGGGCCCCUUGGGGACACUGAGCCUGGGCCAGGCCCUGGAUGGAUGCCCACACUUGGAAGAGAUCAGCCUGGCGGAGAACAACCUGGCCAGACAGGUGCUGCACCUCCGUCUGAGGCUCCCGCUGCUCAGGCAGAUCGACCUGGUUUCCUGCGAGAUCGACGACCAGGCUGCCAGGCCCCUCACCACCCGCUUCGAGCUCUGCCCGGCCCUGGAGGAGAUCCUGCUGUCCUGGAAUCUGCUUGGAGACGAGGCGGCCGCCGCGCUGGCCCAGGUCCUGCCUCGGAUGGAGCGGCUGAAGAGAGUGGACCUGGAGAAGAACCGGAUCACAGCGCACGGAGCCGGGCUCCUGGCUGAAGGGCUGGCACAGACCUCUGGCAUCCAAGUCAUCCGGCUCUGGAAUAACCACAUCUCGCCCGAUGAGGCCCAGCGUCUGCAGAGCCGUGAGCCCAGGCUGGACUUUGCUUUCUUCCCCAACCAGCCGCAGGCUCCUCAGGGUCCUUGAUGUGGCCACCGCAAGACACUUUGAAUCCAGCCAAGUGAUGCCAACUUCCCUCCGCCAGUUCGGAGGGCUCGGAAGGAGCCUCAGCUGGGUGCCCCUGCACCCGGCCCCAGGACGGAGGGACACGUCUGUCCAGUCACAGUAUCCAGAGAGGAGUUUUCUGGGGAACAGGAGCCUGGAACAGCCAGUAGACCAUCCCACACUCCAGGGGACAGGCGUGGCCAAUACGGACAGGCGGCACGAUGAGCGUGUGCGUGAUGUGAUGCGUGGCACGGAAGGCCACAUGUGGCAGAAUCCCAUGUGACAGUUCAUGGAGCUUGCAGCGUGGCCUGUAGUUCAGUGUCACGCACGAGUCCUAGCACCACAGGUGGCAGGACGUACCUAACAAAUGUCCAUGUCGUGUGACAGGUGGCUGGCCAGGGGCCCUCGGGCUGGUCCGAGAUCUAAUUUAUUACUUUUUUAAAACCAGGUAUGUAUGUAUAUAUAGAUUGCAUUUCCAGGCAGCUAAGCCAGAGAAUGUCUUCCACCCAGAACUGGGAUGGGGAACGUGUCUGACCCCGGCCCGGCCCGGUGGCCCGAGGGCCAGGCCUCUGGGCCAAGCUGGGGACUCAGCCACGAGGCUGGUGGAUGAGUCCCCUCCUGCCUCGAGCCUCAGUUUGCCCGUCUGUAAGCCAGUGCCCCCUCCCCUUACAUGCUGGCCUGCAAGGACUGUGGGUGCAGGACCAGGGAGAGCCAGCUCGGCCUGGGGAGCGGAUGGGCCCAGCCUGCCCUGUGUACGGGACGAGGCUGGUGUGAGGGCAAGGGGUGGGCCCUGCCGAGACCGCCAGGCGAGGCCAUGGGGCACAGCCACUACCUCAGGGCACCCGGGAGAGCACCCGGGGCUCCCAGUGUUGUUGUUAUUCCCAGGAGGGCACAGGGGUGUCCCUGCCACGUACACUCUAAGUCAAGUGUGACCAAUAAACGUGUGGUUUCCCA